AUGUCACUUCGCAGCAUUUACAACAGGGUCCCCAGCAUCAACACCCAGGCCCUCUUCGAAAACACCCUUUUCGACACCCGGGUCGCAGAAUGGAAUAGCCACGGCAAAGCCCAGAUUCGACAGGGCCUCCGCGCAGAAAUCAGCAAGAUGUUCGAUAAGGUCUACUUCUCCAUAACGCCCACCAUAGACCCCACCACUGCGCAGGAACUGGGGAUCCAGUGCGAGAAGCUGGACCUGGUUACGUAUGGAGGCGAGCGGCGUCACGGAAACUUCUUCAAGUCCCGGCCCUCAGCCUGGCUGGCUCUUCAUCCUGUUGACCCUGAGGACCGGAACACGGCUAAGCAGAUUAUGUCUAUUGAGAAAGAAUGGCAAACCCGUACGAAUAAUGUCGGCGGGAACUAUGCGGAGGCGGAGAUGGUUUCUGCGGCGCUGAGCUAUGAAUUCAGACUCUACGAACGGAUUACCCCGUUUGAGGGUGUGGUAGCUACAAGUGGGACGCGAGGCCGUUCGGAUUCGUAUACCCUGGAGGAGAUAUCUGGGUGGGUGAGCCUUAAAAAGAGCACACACCUGAACAAGGGAAAAUACAUGCAACCAACACCUCUACCAAAACCAAAAUCGCGGGACGAGCCCCCUCCCGAUUUAAGGGCCAAUAUCAACCGGGCCGCGUUCGAGUGGACGAGGCUUGCGGAAGCAUGGAUGCGCGACGAUUCAAGGCCUCAUCGUAUCUUCCUGCUAGAACACGCUAGCCGCCCAGAGGAAGACCUCCUGCGCUCAGAGGUCUUGACUAUACUCGGUAUGAUCCGGGAGAGACUUGCUGGGCAUACACUGCGGGAACAUAAAAUUGCGCCGGUAAUGGUAAUAUCCUGUAUGAACGGGUUCACCGCUCGGAUUACCGAGGGGCACUAUAGUGAGGGGAAGUUGAUACUCUAUAAAAGUCCUCUUUAUUAUUUUGACACAGACGGAUAUCGAGACGCGAAUGUUGAGCUUUUCCUGCUAUAUCUUGCAAGUGAGCCUGUUGGCGAUACCACUGCUUAA